AUGGAUCGACUGCCGCGCGAGAUUAUGGAUAUAAUAUCCGGAUGUAGCUGCGACCUCUCCAGAGAGAGCCUCCAGACCCUAAGCCUACUCAGUCGGGACUGGAAUCAGGUCGCCCAGCCCUACCUCUUCCGACAUCUGGUCAUUUGUCCAACAAUAAGCGAGAAGGAUCUACUCGAGAAGAUAGACCAGCUCCUCAGCUACAAGACUAUCCUCGCGCACGUGAGACAACUGAGCCUCAUCACUGUGCCCGACGAUAAAGCCAGAAAGACGAUCAGCUUCGCCCCAGUCCAUCGUUACCGCGACUUCUUCUCGGGGAACCAAACGAUGCCCCGAACAUUCGGCUACCGGGGCAGCUGGCCACCUCUGGUCGAUCUCAUCCGCGAACUUCCUUGUUUGACGGAAUUCAAUUUUCUCCUCCGGUAUCGGAAUCCGUCAGAAUUGCUCGAAGCCCUCCGUCAGUAUCAUCCGGCGUGUCGACUGUCCAUGUCGAAGUCGACGACCCCUUUACGGAAAAUGCCCUUGGAAGAGGAACUGCUGAGCUCGCCCGCGCUGCAUGCCAUUUAUUUGAGAUACGGUGAAAAUGAAAAACACAGACAAUAUGUCGAGCCUCCCGAUAGAAGCCUAUUGAAAUUUACUGCCCUCGCGCCACAUCUGAAACACGUCGGCGUCCAGAUUGAUGGGAUUAAUGGGAUCAGCGAUGCCUAUCUGGACAAUCCAGACCCACAAGAGGACUUACCAGAGGUGCUGCCAGCACGCUCCCCACGUGCCAGUCUGGAUUCGCUUUCUUUCUGCAUCCAGACCAGGCUAUCAACCAGGCAAUUCGCCGACUGGCACGCGGCUACUGACUUCUCACAGCUCAAAGCCUGGACAAUCGGGUGCAUCGAGGAGUCAACCCUUCCUCGAGCCAUCGCACAAAUAAGCCCCUUCAGCCAACUCGAAGGCUUAACCCUAGCGAUAUACCCACCCACCCCGGACGAAGACCCAGGCUUCUUCCUCGCCCUGGAGACCAUGUUCGCAAGCCUUCCGCCACUCAAACACCUCUGCCUCCUAGGCCAGUACAGCCCCAGCUUCCUCCACGCAUUGAUCCUUAACACCCACGGACAAUCCCUCCUCGGACUCAAACUUCACGGCAACAACCAAUUCUCCAACUACGAGCACUACCGCCUCAACCACAAGGGAAGCAGCGGACAACUCUUCUCCGCGGACUCCAUCGCCCAAAUAGCCGCCCGCUGUCCCGCCCUACAGGACCUGAGAAUCGGGAUCCAGCGCGACCGAGGAUCCCGGACAGAAACAGCCCUCUACACCGCGCUCGCGCAAUUCCCCUCCCUGAGAACCCUAGACCUAGUCCUCAACUGCCUCCCCGCCGUCACCUCAACCAACUCGCCCUCCCCCCCACGUCCCCUCUCCGACUUCGAAGCCUCCCCCACCCACUGGCGUGACAUCCCCGUCUGGCAUGUCCGAGACUGCGUCAUCAACUGCGCCAUCGACGAGGACCUCGCCACAGCCAUCUUCUCCCACAUACUAAAUAACCAAUCCACGCGCCGCCUGUGCGAGGUACGGCUCAACCCGCUUUAUGGCCACUAUAACCAGGCGUAUGCGCACGGUGAACCCACCAGGCUCUGGAAGUUCAGACAGGGCGAUCUUCAUAGACUGCUGAGUUGGUUGGGGUCGCCGUGGUUGGUGGAGCGGGUGCCGUUUGUGGGCGUCCAGGCGAAGAGGGUUUCGCGGAGUCCUUGGGCGUCGUUUGCGCCCGUGGAGCCGCGGGAGAGGAUGGUUGGACCGGCGUCGGAGGAGAGCUUGGGCUAUGAGGUCAUACACGGCCAGAGGUGA